CGGAGUCCGUUUGUGCUCUCUCUCUCUCUCUCUCUCUCCCCGAUCCCUUGCAGAAGUGCGGUUUCGCUCACUCACUGAUCCUUUUCCAAUCCCUUCAUCGAUCCGCCAUCGACCUUCCAGCGAUCAGAUCACUGAAGUUGUGCAAUCGCAGUAAUUAGCAAAUCAACGAAAAGAAACAACAGAGAGAGAGAGAGAGAGAGAGAGAGAGAGAGAGAGAGAGAGAGAGAGAGAGAGAGNAGAGAGAGAGAGAGAGAGAGAGAGAGAGAGAGAGAGAGAGAGAGAGAGAGAGAGAGAGAGAGAGAGAGAGAGAGAGAGUCAUAGCAACAAGCAUCGUGCAGGGAUAUGGUGAAGAAGCUUGUAUUAAUUCUGAAUGUGCGACUUGCGUCCUGUCAGUCGUUCUUGUACAUCCCGCAAGGGCAGUCGGCAGAGCAAUGUGGAUCCCGACGUGCAUGGCUCGCAUCUCUGUGAGCAGCGUCUAGGGGAAUCUUAUAGUAAGUUGUUGUCGAUUCUCAGUAGCAGCAAUCCAUCCCCUCCUCCUCCUCCUCCUCCUCCUGGUGUUCACCUUCCUCCUCUUCCUCCUCCUCCUCCUCCCCCUCCUCCUCCUCCUCCUCUGCUUCCUUUUCCUCUGCUUCCUCAUUGUUGUGGGCGUUCGCCUUUUCCGUCGAUCGUCGAGGAUGUCGGAAAUGGAAAGGGGAGGAGAAUUUCGAGCAGAUGGGAGGGAAUAGAAGAGUUCCCUGAUUCUAUCUUGGGUCCUUGGUUCAUCAUUGUCGUUCUUAUUGUCCUUGUGGUCGCCAGGCACCUUCGCCUCCUCCUCUUCUUCCUUCUCCUCCUCCUCCUCCUCCUCCUCCUCCUUGUCGCGGUGGUCAGCAUCUGCUGUCUCACGAUUCUGUUGGUUGUGAUCGUCGUCGAGAGGAGGGCCGAGCAGGUGAUUGGCGCGGGAACCAGGCGGGCGGAUUCGUACGGUGGAGGUGGGGAGGAGCGGCGGAGGACGCGCGGAACCGAGUGUGAAGCAGCGCAUGUGCCGGUUUCCGCGAUCGGGGAGUCUCCACUUUUUUCCCGUGAGCCAGAUCUCGUCGGGCAGAAGGCAGCAAAAGACGCGGGGAGCCGAGAGGAAACGACCGCAAGCGCGCGCUGUGGCGCUCGCGGGACUAAGGCAGCGUGCCAAAGGAGCAGCAGCAGGAGGAGGAGGAGGAGGAGGAGGAGGAGGAGGUGGUGGGGUUGGUGGAAGACGAACAAGAGGAAGAACAAGACUAAGAUGCACUUUAUGAGAAUGCUCCGACGAAGUCGCGCUCUGUGUGGGGAUCCGUUCUUCGGCGCGAACGACUCUUUCAGCCUCCCUCAGACCAAUUGGGCGGACAACGAUUACGACGAUGGCUCGGCCGAUGACGACAGCAGCAUUUUUUCUGUACAAGAGAGGAGGGAGGGGGGUAUUCGAACAGCAGCAGCACGAGUAAGAGGAGGAGGAGGGGGGGGGGAGGGAGUAGGAGACGGGGUUGCUGCUCCUGCUGCUGAUGUAGAGGGAGGACGGAAAGGGGCGUGGUUCUUCCAUAAUCGCGGGCGGCAAUUCGAGGACGAAGACGCGGCGGCGGCGAUCUGGCCACCGCGGGGCUCGCAGCUUAGCGCGGAGGAGCAGACAAAGGUAGGGGAGUGGUAUUUGAGAGGAGAUAAGGGUCUGCCGAAGAGCUUUGAUCAAGCCGCACAAUGGCUCCAACUAGCGAGUCGAAGCGGGAGUCCGCAAGCACAGUUUGUACUAGCCCACCUCUAUUUCGAGGGAUUGGGGGUGAUGCGGCGGGACGUGAAGAGGGCAGUGGAGAUGCUGAAGAAGGCGGCUGCGCGGGGCCACGUGCGGGCUCGAUACGAGGUGGGGAAGUGUUACGCGGAAGGGGUGGGGAUGUCGCGGAGGAGCGAGGCGAAGGCAGCGGAAUGCUUCGCCUGGUGCGCGGCCAAGGGCUUGGACGUCGCGCAGUUCGAUCUCGCGCGCUGCUACGAGAGAGGGAGGGGAGUUGUGUGCGACAAACGACUGGCCUUUGAUUGGUACGUAAAGGCGGCCGAUCAGGGCCACGUGGCAGCCAUCUACGCGGUGUCGAAGUUCUACGAGCAUGAACAGGGAUGGGGAGUGGUGGAUACCGAUCGGAGGCGAGCGGUGAAGUUAUGCCGCACAGCGGCGGAAGCGGGACUGGCGGCGGCGCAGCACCGACUUGGGGAGUACUACGAGACCGAUCCCGAGGUCGACGACGAAUGGUGGGGGACCACCAUGGCUAUGGCGCAGGCGGUGAAGUGGUACACGCUGGCCGCUGAGCAGGGCUUUCCCCUUGCUCUCUACAAGUUGGGCAUUUGCUACGAGAACGGCUACGGAGUCCUGAGAGACUUCCACCGCGCCGUCGAUCUGUAUCUUAAGGCCGCCGAGGGCGGACUAUCGCACGCCAUGUUCGACCUGGGGGUGCUGUACGACUCCGGUACAGGAGUCGAGGUCGAUCUCGUUAAGGCUGCCUACUGGUACAAGAAGGCGGCGGAGACCGGGGGGUUGAGUUCCGCCUACUACAAUCUCGGGGUCUGUUAUUGGAAAGGGGAGGGGGUGCGUCGGGACGAGGCGCAGGCAGUCAGGUGGUACAAGAAGGCGGCAGCCUUGAGCGAUGCGACCGCGCAGUUCAGUUUGGGCGCGUGCUACAGGGAGGGGAAGGGGGUAAAGAAGGACAUGAAGAUGGCAUUUGCUUGGUAUCUGAAGUCGGCGGAACAAGGUCUGGCGAUGGCGGAGUACGACGUCGGGCUGUGCUAUGACCAAGGAAUAGGUGUAGAGCAGGACAUGCCCAAGGCGGUGGAAUGGUACACGAGAGCGGCUGAGCAAGACGAGCCUCGGGCGCAGAACAACCUAGGCUUCUGCUAUGAGAAAGGACACGGUGGACUCCGACGAGACCUUCGGACGGCCAAGAUGUGGUAUGCCAAAGCUGCCGCUCUUGGCAAUCCGACGGCAGCGAACAAUCUUCGCAUCUUGCAGAGGAUCGAGGAGGAGGAGAAGGCUGCCAUUCCUGGAGGCAGCGAAGGAGAGACGGCCGCCAUAGCUGAGCAAGCUCGUGUUGACGAGGAGGGGAAGGACGAGGAUGAGGAGGGAAGAGGACGGACAGUCGAUAGGAGAAGGAGGAGAGGAAGGGGAGAGGGAGGGGCUCCUCAUGGGAAUAUGACAUGUAGUAGUAGGACCCUUGCCAACCACGAUCGUCGCUUACUCCCGCUUGGGCAGGAGAAGGCCGCCAUAGCUGAGCAAGCUCGUGUUGAUGGUGAUGGAAGAAUUGAUAGGGAAGAAGAAGAGGAAGAAGUAGAAGAGAGGGAGGAGGAGGAGGAGGAGGAGGAGGAGGAGGAGGAGGAGGAGGAGGAGGAGGAAGACGAAGAGAGGUAUGGACUGGAGAAGGAGAAUGGAAGGAUGGAGAGAGAGAACAGGGGUAUCGCCUCCCUCUCCCAAUCGUGCUGCCAUUGCUCCCACUCUCCCUCAUCUUCGAGAAGGAAUUCUGUGAGAUCGUCGGCUUCGUCGUUGUUGUGGAGUUCGCCGCAGAAUUCCUUUUCGAAGGAGGUGGCCAGAUAUUCCUCAGAAGGAUGGGAACGAGAAUGGCAUGGGGAUGGGAAUAGGGGUGGAGAUAAGUAUAAUGGGAAUGGGAAUGGGAAUGGGGAUGGGAAGAGAAAUGGAAACGGAAUGGGAAUAGGUAUGAAGAUUAGGUAUAAUGGGUAUGGGAAGAGGAACGGGAAUGGGAAUGGGAAGAGGAAUGGAAAUGGGAAUAGCACGGGAAUGGGAAUAGGCACGGGGAUAGGUAUAAUGGGAAUAGGGAUGGGGAGCUGCCACGACAUCAGGGUCAUCCAACUCUUAAUUUUGUGGAGGCGCCCAAAAGAGGGGUUGUUGUUUUGCUGGCUGCUUGUUGUCCUGCCGAGUGGGGUGAGAACGAAUGGAUCCAUCCUGGCCGUCAAAGGGUAUCCAUCUUCGGAAUGGGUGGUGGUGCCGUAUGGAGGGAUCGAUCAGCAUCCUGACGAGGCAUUGUUCGACAAUAAACAAAAGGUUGCGAGAGGGGCGGUGGAGAGGGCGCUCCGGAGGCUGAAGGGGAUGUGGUCCAUGUGGAGGUUGUUCCUACGGAUGCACAAGAGGAACCUGGACACUUUGCCGCAGCAGUUCAUGGCUGUCUGCAUUCUACGCAACAUUUUUUUUUAUGCUGGCAUCAAGUUCGACAACAAUCUGUUGUGGCAAAUCGUCGCCAACGAAGUGCGGCGUCGAGUGGACCUCAACAUUCUUCGUCCCCCGCAACCAGUGGUCAAGACGACAUCGAUGGACGAGGUGUAGGAGUUGCGCAAUGCCUUGGAGGAGCGUAUGAGGCACAUAUGAUGCAUUGCCCCGCCUGGUGACGUGGUAGUAUGGUCCGUCCGCGUUUGGAGCACCGCGGCUCCCCACGCG